CCUCUGGAUAAGUAUGUUCUUUUGUUAAUCUAAUACAUUGUUUGUUUUGUAAUUUAGAAACUCGCAUAACUAAUAAAUGUGUUAUUGAUGAAUAACUAAUACAUGUUCCGACUUAAAAUAAUGUACAUAGUUUCCUCAUAACUAAUCCUGUAUUACUAAUACCAUAGCUUUUACCAACUACCAAACGUGAAUACCUAUUUGCAAACAGAAGUUCAUCAAUUUUUCGAAAAGUUUGUGACCCAGGAAUCUCAGCUUUUAAUUGAACAUCUACAGCCUUUUUUGAUGCAAAAGUAGAGUUGCUUUGUCGUUUUUGAGAUGUGAAUACAACAAAUAAGUCAUAAUAUAUAUAGCCUUUUCCUAGCGAGGGAGCAAUAACCCUUUAUUACUUUUUCUGUGUCUUUCAUGCCUAAGCAAAGAAGAAGAGUAGAAGGUUUUGGAAAACAAGGCAUUGUUGGGUCAGUACUUGCUAAGGAAGGACGAUUGCCAGAUGUCUCCGAUUUUUUCUCCGGCGCAUUUAAGAUUGCCUUGAGGCAAAUUCGACAAGAUAAAUCAACCAGUUCAACUCCAAAGCCACGCAAUGAUUCAUUGCUGCAGCAGGUUAAUAGCUUACGGCAGGAACUGCAACUCUUGGCUUCAAAUAGAUCUGUUACAAUUGUGACAUCAAGUGGAUCAGGUUCUAGCAGAUAUACUAUAAUCAUUGUUGUUGUGGUGAUGGGGUAUGGCUAUAUUUGGUGGAAGGGUUGGAAGCUUCCUGAAUUUAUGUUUGCGACCAGGCGGAGCUUAUCUGAUGCAUGUGGUAGUGUGUCCAAACAGCUUGAGAGUGUAUACACAUCUAUUUCUGCCACAAAGCGCCAUUUAGCUUCACGAAUUGAUCGCGUGGAUACUAAAAUUGAUGAUUGUGUGGAUAAUACUGCUGCAACGAGAGACGAGGUUUCUGAAAUUCGAGGAAAAGUGAGAACAUUUGGUGAGGAUGUCCAGUCAGUUCAUCUUGUUGUCCAAUCAUUGGAGACAAAAAUUAGUAGAAUUGAAGGGAGACAGAAUGAAACAAACUAUGGUGUGGGAAAGUUGCUUUCUUUUGUGAGGAGCAUUGAAACUAGGAGACCCAAGGAGCAGAUUGAGGCACCUCCAUCUAGCUCAUCUAGACCUGCUCUUGAAUUACCAUCAGUCGCUUCCUCAGCACGGGCUGAGUCUUUGCCUCCAAGUUUAUCAGUCGAAUCAUCAUCUCCAUCUGCUUCUAGUGUAUCUCCGAAGCGUCCUUUGCAUGGUGCUGUAUCUGCCUCAGGCCUUAAGGAGCUUGGAGGUAUAUCAGAUGUAGUCGAAGUGUCAAAUGAAAGCAGUCCUCAGGUUUCCAAUGCUGUUUUCACCUCGGAACAGAGGAGCAAUGAGAACUCUGGUUUUGGUAGCGUGUAUGGGCGUAAAUUUGCAGGCGUUGGUGCUUCUUUUCUCACAAGAAGCCGCAGUGCUAUGCAGAGUUUUAAGUGAGGUGGUUCACCAAUCAUUAUAAUAAUUGAACUUCUCUAUGGUAUAUAUUAAAAGUAGUGUUGCUGCUGAGCAUGUAUCUUUGCUCAGGGAGUAUUUUGCCAUUUUUUGAUGGCUGCUGAAUUUUGUAGAGCCAAUAUUUACCGAGGUACUUAGUAGGAUACAUGUGUAAGUUCAGGCUAGAAAUUGUUUAGAUAAGCUGAAGAAAGGAAAAACAGGAAAUUGGAUGAAGGGAUCUUCAUGUCAAUUUAUCUCCUUGCCUCCAUAGAAAAAAAAUGAUUUGCUGUUUUCUGCAUGUUCAUUUUCUGCAGCUGGUCGUACCUAGGUCUUUACUUUGUAUCUGUUGGGUUUGAUGUGUUGCUUCUGGGCCCCUGUAGUACUUAGACCUUGAGCAGUUCUCUGUUUCAAUGAUGAUCGAAUGCAUAGUCCAGGAAUGAUACUCAAAUAUGCUGCAAUGGAGAUGACGGUCUGGAUCCGCCAUUGGUGAGCGUUUUUGAAAUCCUAUGGUGUCAAACGCUCAUGCAGGUUGAAACCUUGUUGAUUGAUAAUUUGGUAUAAUUGUUAACAUCAGUUGCUAUUUGUGCACGAGUCUGUAGCUCUGAAUCUGUAAGAAACUUAUUUCCAUUUCUAAUUGCUGUAAGAUAUAUAGCAUACGUACUAAAACAUAUGUUUAACAG